GCUACACUUCGUUCAUCCGGAUAGACAGACAGAGCUCCAAAAUGAUGGAGACACGGCGUCUGGAGCGCCAGAAGCGUUUAUUGGCCAUGCGGCAAGCGGCAUCCUCACUGCCCUCCAGCCAGGAGAAGGCAUUCAAUUUGCGCCUGGUCGACCUGUACAGGGAGCAGCCGUGUCUGUGGAAGACCUCGCUGCCGGCGUACAAGGAUGCGGACAUGAAGCGCACAUCCUGGCAGCAGAUUGCCAGCCAAUUGGGCAGUCACCUGAGUGCCGAAUUCAUACGCUGCCGCAUGCGCCACAUGCGGUAUCAACUCAAUGUGUACAAGCUCCAGAUGAUCGAGCAUCAGAUGACCAGCGGUGGGGGCAAACCGCCCGAGAAGCCCUACUACAUCGAUCGCUUUGACUUCCUGGAAGCAGAGGACGCAGCUGAGCAGCCGGCUGACCAGGCAUCCAGUUCGCAGGCAAAGGAACAGAAUAUACCGAACUCCGAGAAGUUCGCGAAACUCUGGUCGGACUUUAAUCUGAAGUCGCUGAUAAAUCCGCUCACAAGGGAACCCCUCGACGCCAGCAGGGAGAGCCAUCGUUCGGGGCAGCGGAUCGUCGACAUGGUCAAGAUGCGCAUGGAUGCGCAGCUGGAGCCACUGGAGUUCGACAGACCGCGUCUGAAGAUGCCAGAUCUUAAGCAGCACAUCAACUGGCAGCGGGGAUUGGGUCAGCGCCCGUCCACCAGCUCCAUGGGAGCUCUUUCCGAGACUGUGCCCACAUUGCAGGCACGCCCCGGGGAUUCCGUAUCCAAGACCAAGAUGAGCCAGAAGCAUGGGGAUGGCGGUGAGCAGCCGACGAGCUCCAGGAGGGCACAGAACGACGAGUCGGAGGACGAGGAGCUGUACAAUGUGCAUUGGAAUGCGCGCAGGGGUCAGAGGUCACUGCGACCUGGACACGAUCGCCUGCUGAAGCUGCCAACGCGACUGCGUCCUACGCAGCCCAACGAACCCACUCCAGAUAUAUUUUAACUUUGACCACUUGCAGCAAAAAAAGUUACUAAAUUGAUUUUAAUGUGUUAAGUAAUAGUAUAAAACUACAUACGUGAUACUACGUUAGAAAACUACGUGAUGAAGAAUACAAUAUUCCAGCCAAACUCAUUGACCCUCUUGCUGUCUUCCUGUCCAUCAAAACGAAGGUCAAAGAUACACUUGCCGUCCAUUUGACCUAUUGCUGUGCCAUUGACAGCCUGUAUGAAUACACCACUACAACAUGUUUGCUAAUCCGAAGGACAUCCACUUGGCCCAAGUGGCCACCAAGUUGCUGAGGGCUCCUUGCAAGUUUGAUUAAUUCUCGAGUCUGGGCAAAUGAGGCGGAAAGAUACCGAGUCCGGCAAUGAUUUAUGAAUACUUCUGUAUGAUGAUGACAAACAGUCUGUAGUAUGCUAACCCCAAGUUGUGAACUCUCGUGCCGCAAAUCCAAAAGCCACCGACGAAAUUAGUUUUUGGCUGCCAAGGAAAAUUACGAGAAAAUUACUUCCACAAAUUACACACACUCUCGUGCAGUUUAGCCCCACAGACACAGACACAUUCCAGACCCAACCCCAUCACUUUCACCAUUCCCCAUCACCAUCAGCAUCCCCCAUCUGAAAUUCCCACACCAGUGCUCAUUAGCGUGAAAAUUUAAUUUAAUUUCCCCCAAUAAACCCCUUAAGUGCUCGCCUUA